AUGUAUGGAGAAGGAGAUUUGAAAAUUAUUCAUAGAGAUUUGAAAACUAGCAACAUUUUGUUGGAUGCAGAAAUGAACCCAAAAAUUUUUUCAGAUUUUGGCUUAGCUAGAAUUUUCAAAGGAGACAAAAAUCAAGAAAAGACAAACAGAAUUGUUGGAACACUUGGCUACAUGUCCCCAGAAUAUGUGGUUUUUGGAAAAUUUUCAACAAAAUCUGAUGUGUUCAGUUUUGGAGUCAUAUUAUUUGAGAUUAUUACAGGAAAGAAAAGCAAUGGCUUUUGUCAAGGGGAUUCUAGCCUAAGCUUGAUAGGCCAUAUAUGGCAAUCAUGGAAAGCAGAGAGACCGUUGGAAAUAAUUGAUUCAUCCCUAAAGGAUUCAUAUCCUCCCCAUGAAGUAUUGAGAUGCAUCCAAAUCGGGCUGUUGUGCGUGCAAGAAGAUGCAUUGGACAGACCAACCAUGUCAGCUGUCGUGGUAAUGUUGAAUAGUGAAAUUACUCUUCCUUCUCCUAAACAACCUGCAUUCGUUUUUAAAAAUUCUAGAAAUAAUUCUUACUCAUUAAUAGAUGAAGAACAAUUUGGUUCGGUGAAUGAAUUGACAAUUAGUGACAUUGUAAGCCGUUGAUUAUAUUGUUAUCCAUAGCAUUGUAAAAUAAUAAUAAAACAAUUAAGCCUUAAUCUCAAAUUACUUGGUGUCA